CAAUAUGGCGCUGCUGCUGUUAUGAGAUGACAACAUCGCAGUUUGUGUCCUAUUUGUUAUUAUUAAUGUUACAAUCAACGUUAAAUAACUACCUCAAGAUUACAAAGAAAAUUGGUAAUUGUAAUGUAAGUUUCGUUAAAGUGAAGACGAAGUUAUCAGUGAAUUAUACAUUCGAAUGGGUCGGUGGAAAAAGUAUACAGCUCUUGUAAAAAUGGCGGGUGUGUUAUCUUUAUGGACUGUGUUUUCAUUUCAUUACUAAGUCUUAGUAUAUGCGAUUUGAUUAAAUCAUCGAUAAAUUGAGUUGAAACAUACGUAUAUUACUUACACAACAUGUGCCGAUUACAAAUUUGACAAUUGGAGCAGUGAUCGUUUUACGGAGUUAAGGCAGGUGUCAACGUUUUUGAUGAAAUUAUCAGAAUGUCACGCUGGGGAAGAGGCCGAGGUGGCAGCGUGGCUGUUCCGCUGGACAGUGCGCUGUUUAGAGAAAACAGCAAUUGUCCCUCAGCUGCCCGUUCAGCGGGAACUGUUGGCAAAUGGGGAAUGACCAGUUUUACAUCAAUCAGAAGCGCUCCUUACGCAUAUAACAAUGCAAAAAAGCCUGUGCAAGAUCAAAAUAGUCCUUUGACUGUGCCAGCUGUAGACACUGAACAACCACCACCAAAACCGAAGAAGUUUUUUAAAUCUCGCAAUGCUGAGACUUUUCCACCUGUCCCUCAAAUAGCUUAUGCACCCCAACAAGUACCACCACUUUCACCAGAACAUCCGCCAAGUUUUAAGGAAAAGAAAUCGACUAAAAGAUGUAGAUAUAAUAGAGAUUCUUCUUCACCAGAAUUACCUCGACGUAACUCGGAAAAAACAAAAACUAAAAAAAAUACAGUGGCUACUAAAGCUUCCAAAAAAGAAGAGCCUACCAGUGACAAUUCACAACCACCAAAUAAACGUUAUUUAGUGCGUAACCGUAGCAAAGUUAUAAAUUAUGCAGAGGAUGGUAGCAACAGUCCCAUACCAGAUAUGACUCGUUAUGAAUCACUACCACCAAGAUCACAGUCACCCAAAGCUAGUCCAUUAAUUUCCAGUCCAGUGCCAGCAAAGCCAGUAACAGAUGUAGUCAGCCCCUCUACCAGUAAAGAAUCAAAUGAGGAACGUAAACCACCACCUAUUGUACUCAGAAUAUCAAAAGGUACAUCAAGAAUAGUAAGCACAGACUCAAAUGAAGGAUUUACAUCUCCUGGAUCUGAUAGACAUUCUUCUAUGGACAUGCAUUCUGAUUUGGAUCAUAAAAAGAGUCCUUCAAUGGAAACAAUUUGUUCACCUAAGCAUGAAGGCCUUAAAAUCACAAUAAAGUGUUCUUCUCUUAGUCAAGAAAAUAAGAAAGAAAAGAAGAAGGAUAAAAAAGAAGGACACCACAAGUCUCAUAAACGUCAUCACAAAAAUAGUGAUGAUGAACCCCUUAAGAAAACUAGUUCUCCAUUACCAGGCACUGAUACAUAUGAUCUGUAUAAGACUUUAGCUUCACCCAUUCAUGAGGAGGAGUCAAACAGCAAAAUAAAAGCUGAUAAUGUAGAGGCACAAUUGGCUAAGUUAAUUUCUACUAAUUCAACAACAAAACCUAAAUCUGAAUCUAAGGCCGUUUUACCUGAACCAAAACAACUUGAGGGUAGGUCUAGACGAAAUAGGCCGAACAUUAACUACAGUGAAAAUGAUGAUUAUUUAGAUGUGCUAACAUCAAAAGUCUCAAGCAAAAAUGUUACAAAGACUGUUAAUGAUAUUAAAAAAGAUGUCAGAAAGAGUAAGAGAAGACUCGAUGUAGCAGCAACUCCAGACACUAAUGAUAUGAAUGAGAUUCAUCCAGAAACAGAAAAAGAAGCAGAAUCUCAUUAUGAUGACAAUGAUCUGAUCAACAUUCUGUCAGGUGAUAAUGAUAAAAUUGAUCCUAAUAAUGACUUGCAAAAAUCAAAAGUUAAUAAAAAACAAAAGAAUAAACAUAAACAAGUGAACUCUACUAAUGAUAUUCAAUCUGCAACUCCUGAAGAUUCUUUAAAUGUGCCACAACUUGAUGAAAGUCAUGAUGAGGAUGAUGAAAAUUUGGCAGAUGAGCCUAGAAGUGAUGAUAUGGAUUAUGAAGAUGAUGGAGGAGUUCAGGAAGAAAAGGAAGGAGAAUCUCAGAUUGAAAAGGCAUUGGAACAUGAGGAAAGAAAUCAUCCAUCAGAUGUUCAAUCGGGGAGUCAAAUGGAAAGUCAAGGAAUAGAUUCAAAUGAAGAUCACAAUACACCAACUCAAUCGUCAGAUUCUGCAUACAAUAGUUGUCCCAAUGAGAACUCGGAAGAAGAAUCACAAAGAAACAUAGCUGAUCAUAAUUUUAAAGCUCCAAAUGGGGUUAAUGAGCUGGAUGGUACAGAUGAUAAGCCAAGUGUCAAGUUAGUUAUAACAAAGAAGAAAGGCUCUAUAUUUAAGAGCAAGUCUCUGGUUAAUGAUAACCCUUCUCCAUUACCAGCCAGAAAAAGGCGGCACCUGUACAGGCAUCAGUGGGCUAAUGAUAAAGGGAAUGAGACUCCGAGACCGGACAGGCCAGAAAACCCAGAAGUGAGUAAUCCCGUCCGUCAAGUACCUGAAGCCUUAACUAGAGUCACAAGAUACAGAUCUCCUGAUCCUAUAAUAGCUGAAAUUGAUGCUGCUGAGCCUGGUGUGCCUUAUACAAGUGUUCGUUGUGCCAAAGAAGCUAAAGAAUAUUACACUGUUGUAAGAAAUGUAAAGAAAGCUCAUCAAAUUCAAGAAAUUGGGGAGUUCCAAGAGUUCAAUGAUGAUGUGGAAUACCUUCUAGAUGCAUUGCAGGACAACAAUCCGAUGUCGACUCGUUGCUUGUCGGCCAUCACGUUGGCCAGCAAGUGCACGGCGCCCGCAUUCCGCAUGCAUCUGCGAGCACACGGCACUGUGCAGAAGUUCUUCAGUGCUCUACAUGAUGCCACCAAUGAUCAAAGUCUUGGCCUGUGUACUGCUACAGUUAUGUUUGUGCUGUCACAAGAUCGUCUAAAUAUGGACUUGGACAGAGAAUCAUUAGAACUUAUGCUGAAUCUUCUCGAAUCUGAUGUUUCUCACAAGAAUGCUUUGGAUGAUUGUGGGUUGACAUCGGCACAACUUGCAAAAACUCAAGAAAGGGUCAGGGAGUUGUGUGCUGAGAUCAAGAGCCAAGGAAAGGCGACACAUUUGGACUUGGAGAAUAUAACUGUUGGUCACUUAGCAAUGGAAACGUUACUAUCUUUGACAUCUAAGCGCGCGGGAGAGUGGUUCAAGGAGGAGCUGCGUGUGCUGGGCGGUGUGGACCACAUCGUGCGCACUAUACAGGACUGCGCUGCUCGCCUGCAAGCGCCAGCCACAUCCUGGUCCAGCGCAGAGGUCGAUGUACUGCGUAAAGCUGAUAGGUGCAUGAGGGUCUUGGAGAAUGUGACGCAGCAGAACGAAGAUAAUCAGGUGUACCUGGUGGGUGAGCCGUUGGGCGGUGCGCGCACGCUGGCCGCGCUACUGCGGCGCUGCGUGAUGGAGGCGCGUGCGCAGCCCGCCCUGCGCCCACCUCUGCUCGACGCCGCAUUGCCCGCGCUCAAGGUGCUCGUCAACCUCUCGCACAGCUUCGGCAGCGUCGCGUCGAUAGGCGCUCAAGUAGUCGGCGAGCAGCCGUAUAUAAUGGAGACAUGUUUGAUUAUGUUGAACAAUCAAGGCUGCUUCAUACCUGACAACAAUAACUUCGAGUUUAGUGUUUGUGUGCUUCUAUUGUUGAUAAAUCUGGUGCAAAACAAUGAGAGUAAUACACAGAAGCUGUUGGAUGUUCACAUAACAGUUGAUAAUGAGGACACAUCAACAAACACACCCGCUUUGGAUCUCAUAGUUGAUUUGUUUUAUAAACGAGAAGAGCUCGCAAGGAGGGCUGAAGAAAACACUGAUGCACUACUUGACGGUGAGAAAGAAGAGACUGAUGAUGAGAAAGAUAAAAAGAAGCAGUCUGUGGAUGAUAUUGCAGAGACUGUUGAUAAAUUGUUGGCGCGUGCAGGUGCACACAUGGAGCACACGAUGGUGUGCGCGUACAUCGCGCUGCUGCUGGGGCACGCGGCGAGCUGCGCGCGCGCUGCUGCCGCCGCCGUGCGCGCGCGCGUGCCUCGCUACCAGCCGCUGCUGCCCACCCUGCGCAAGUACUACACCUUCCUCUCCCUCACUGCCAGCGCGGAAGCUUCGAUUGUCGCUCAUGUGAAAGCGACGCAGAGGAUAAUAGAGUUUAUGGAGACGAGCGACAAAGAGACCUCGCAGGAUCCGCCGCAGCAGCCUCCAGCUGAGUACCCUCGCCCAUACAGCAACUACUACCAACCCUGUACCGAUCUGCCACAAGACAUGUCUCUCAGCAACCUCAACUACACCAUGAACUCCUCGUCCAGCUCUGACAGAAUGUCAUCUUCUAUGGAGGUCGAUGGAUACCACUGAUCCAAUAUACAGACUCAUUUAUAUAAUUUAACAUGUUGACACAUUUGAAAAGUAAAUCAGGUUUGUAGCAUUGUAAUAUCUAAAUAAAUCAGACCACA